AUGCAAAUCUUCGUCAAGACCUUGACCGGCAAGACCAUCACCCUCGAGGUCGAGUCCUCGGACACGAUUGACAAUGUCAAGACCAAGAUCCAAGACAAGGAGGGUAUUCCCCCAGACCAACAACGUCUCAUCUUUGCGGGCAAGCAGCUCGAGGAUGGCCGCACGCUCGCGGAUUACAACAUUCAGAAGGAGUCGACGCUCCACUUGGUGCUCCGUCUCCGCGGUGGUAUGCAAAUCUUCGUCAAGACGCUUACGGGCAAGACGAUCACCCUCGAGGUCGAGUCCUCGGACACGAUUGACAAUGUCAAGACCAAGAUCCAAGACAAGGAGGGUAUUCCCCCAGACCAACAACGUCUCAUCUUUGCGGGCAAGCAGCUCGAGGAUGGCCGCACGCUCGCGGAUUACAACAUUCAGAAGGAGUCGACGCUCCACUUGGUGCUCCGUCUCCGUGGUGGUAUGCAAAUCUUCGUCAAGACGCUUACGGGCAAGACGAUCACCCUCGAGGUCGAGUCCUCGGACACGAUCGACAAUGUCAAGACCAAGAUUCAAGACAAGGAAGGCAUUCCCCCAGACCAGCAGCGAUUGAUCUUCGCGGGCAAGCAGCUCGAGGAUGGCCGCACGCUCGCGGAUUACAACAUUCAGAAGGAGUCGACGCUCCACUUGGUGCUGCGUCUCCGUGGUGGUCAAUAA